ACGAAGAAAUAACAAUCUAACGUCAUCGGGUGAUAUUAUUUUGGGAGCAAGAUUUCUAAUACCAAAAAUUGUUACGUCACAAUAGAUAAUGUAGCAAGUACGUCACAAUAGACGUUUUCGUUGUUAAAAGAAUUUUAGAUGCAGAUCACAAAGAGCAGAGAAGCACUGGAACAGUGCUGUAGGAAUUUGAAUCCGUACAUGGGAAGUGAGAUUUGGGGAAGACUGAACGAGAAUAUCAGUUUUUUGCAACAGUCUGUUCACCUUCCCACUCUUUUGGACAACCUCGGCAGGAAGGGACUGAUCGACCAGCAGACAAUCGCUAGCCUGCUAGCUUUAGAUAGUGAGGAGGCAGUCCCUAAACUUUUAAAUACAUUGGUAACACAGAAUCCGUCCAGCGCCCACGGCAUGUGUGACGCACUCCAAGAAACUCACCCCGAUAUUGCAGAGAAGGUGGGACUACCAACUCCCCCAGCUGCAGAAGAUUGUAAGGAUGCUUCUGGUCACAGCCACGUUGUGAAGUCCUACCAUGCAGUGUUGGCAAUAUCCACAGAGCCCCAUAAACACAAGGAGGACAACCAACUUCACCAUACCAAGAGCAAACAUUCAGCUUUCAUGUAAAAGGAUGAAGAGCUCACCAUGAAAGCGCGGGAAUCUCAGCAUAUUCAAGAAUCUCUUUUGUUAUGUUUGUAUUAAAAUACUCUCAAACAGCAGACAUGAACCUGAAUAAUUAUCACAUCAUUUUCUUUUUCUUUUUUUUAUAAUUUAACUCUUGUAUAUUUUAAUGUUUGAUGUUUUUAAUAAACACUCUUUAUUAUCA